AUGAAGGAUAUUUUAAUACAACCGCAAUCUCAAUUCAGCGUCAGAUUUGGUGAUUUUGAAAAAGUUUCAAGUAAACUGAAGGUGUUUGCAAACCCUUUUUCAUGUGAUAUUGAGGAAGUACCGAGUAAUUUACAAAUGAACAUGAUUGAUCUCCAGUCCAAUGAUGUUCUUAAAAGCACUUUCUAUGAACUCAAAGAUCUUGUUAAGUUUUAUGGUAGCUUGCCUUCUGAUUUUGACGAAUUGAAAAAAGUUUGCUCAGCAGUUCAUUACAAUUUUUGGUAG